AUGAAGUACUUGGCCGCUUACUUGUUGCUAAACGCUGCUGGAAAUACCCCAAACGCUGAGAACGUUAAGGCUGUUUUGGAGAGCGUUGGAAUUGAGGUCGAUGAUGAAAGUGUUAACACCGUCUUGACUGCCUUGGAAGGUAAGUCCGUUGAAGAAUUGAUCGGUCAAGGUAUUGAGAAGUUGGCUUCUGUUCCAACUGGUGGCGCUGGUGCUGCUGCCGGUGCUGCUUCUGGUGCUGCCGCUACUGAAGAAGCUACUGAAGAAGCUGCUGAAGAGUCCGCCGAGGAGUCUGACGACGAAAUGGGCUUCGGUUUGUUCGACUAA